GUUGAAGUGUGACGUAGCAGGCCCGGACUGAAAGACGACGAAUAGCACUCAGCUGACAGUCACAUUCAAAACUUCCACAGAGAGGCGACCGACCUACCUGAACGCUGUCAGACAUAGACUCGCAGAGGCCAGUGGGGAGUAGACGUCACAGACUGGUCUCAAGCUCAGGACAUACCACUGACAAGCGUGGACACUCAUAGUCAAUAUAUAGGAAUAUAACACGGGACACAUACGCUUUCCUCUCGCUCAGUGGAUAUAUACAUGUAGAUUCGGAGCCUAUUUUCCUAUUGGACACAUAGGAUCUAGUACGGCUGCCUAUUGAUCGGCGAAGUAUCUCGCCUACAGUGGAGUAUUACAUCUAGCUGUGUCUAGCGUGCUAUGCAGAGAGGGUGCGUGUGUUAGUUCGCCCCUUUGUGCCCCGCCCAUCACCGCACAGCUUAGAUGUCUGUUGAUGUGCUACCAGUGCGUGUGGUACCUGCACCCCCGAUGAAGGAACUACGACCCAGGAAUACAAGGCCCGAGGGUGGUCGGGGAAAUUCAGAGGGGAAUGAUGUGAAUCAUCAUUUCGAUUCCAGCUGUAUCAUAUAUGAUUCUAUUACUGACACGACCUAUCUCCGUGGGAGGCUACUGGGGAAGGGAGGCUUUGCCCGUUGUUAUGAACUACUGGAUCUUAACUCCAACAAAAUAUACGCCGGGAAAAUAAUAUCUAAAACCAGGAUUGCGAAGCCCCACCAGCGGCAGAAGAUUGUCCGCGAGGUGGAGCUCCAGAAGGACCUGAAGCACAAGCACGUGGUGGAGUUCCACAGCUACUUCGAGGAUAACGAGAAUGUGUACAUCAUCUUGGAGAACUGCAGUCGGAAGUCACUGGUGCACGUGCUCAAGCAUAGGAAGACGUUGACAGAACCGGAAGUGCGCUAUUACUUGAAGCACAUCGUUGAGGGCGCCACGUACAUCCAUGACAAAAAUAUCAUCCACCGUGAUCUGAAGCUGGGCAACAUGCUACUUAACGAGAGCAUGGAACUCAAGAUAGCCGACUUCGGCCUGGCCACAAGGGUCGACUUUGCUGGAGAAAAGAAAAUGACAGUGUGCGGCACGCCCAACUACAUUGCUCCCGAGGUCCUCCAGAAGAAAGGCCACAGUUUUGAAGCCGACAUCUGGGCAGUUGGAUGUAUAAUGUACGCUUUGCUGGUGGGGAGACCGCCGUUCGAGACGUCCACGUUGAAGGAGACGUACCUGAGGAUCACGGAGAAUUCGUACACACUACCCAACAGUCUUUCCAACUCCGCCAAAAACUUAAUCCGCAAGUGUCUGUCACCCGACCCUGCCAGGCGCCCCACGCUGGACGACCUUCUGGCGGAUGAAUACUUCACGUGUGGUUACAUGCCCCGUACCCUUACGCCAACCGCUUGCUCCACCGUGCCAAAGUUCCCAGUCUACACGAAAUUCAAUAGACCCCUGUCCUAUGCAGUUCCCGAUACCAAGAACGAUGCCAUGGGUAAACUUGGCAAUGCCUUGAGCCAGAUCCAGCUGAAGGGAACGUCAGAAACAAUCAUCCCCGAUAAGGAGGGCGAGGUGUGUUACGACCGCCAGCCACUGACUGCAGGUCGCGAACAACACAUGGUGACUGAUGUUAGUCCCGCAGUGAAGACGGCAGUGAAGGAAGUCAUAGUUGACGUCAUCUCCAUGGACCGCUCUGAUUCGCCGCCGCAGCACCGAGCUUCAUCCCCUAAUCCUCGCUCUGCAGUCACUCUGCUCGACGUCAUCAACACCUGUCUCGAACACAUGCCAAAAGGUAGUGACGUCAAACACACGGAUUACAAUAAUCAAAAGCAAAAAACAGAAGUUGACCGGAACCCCACCUCCCUCCCCGACACCGACGUCAUGUGGGUGACCAAGUGGGUGGACUACAGCAACAAGUACGGCUUCGGCUUCCAGCUUUCCAACGACGCCAUCGGAGUACUCUUCAACGACACCUCCCGCAUCCUCUUGGCACCGGAUGGCAGAGCUGUGCAGUAUUUCGACCUGACGGGCAAGUUGUCGGCGUUCUCCACGGAGUGUAUUCCAGAGGACCUUGAGCGGAAGACUACGCUACUGCAGUAUUUCGCCCGCUACAUGGACGAGCACCUAAUUCAGGGCGGGGACAUCGCCCACUUGAGGGCUAUGCGCUCCUGGUCUGGGAGUCUCUACCUCAAGAAGUGGUUCCGCACCACCAAGGCCAUCGUCCUGUACCUCAGCGACGGGACACUUCAGGUGAACUUUUUCGAUGACCACACGAAGAUAAUCCUAAGUUAUCACAACAACGAUUAUCUUGUGACCUUUAUUGACCCGGAACGACUCGCUAAGACCUUUAGCAUCGUCCAUAUCAUCCAAGAUGGCUGCCGCCCGGAAAUCAUUGAAAGAAUGUUGUUUGCCAAAACUAUGCUCAAGAAUCUGGUAGAUAUAGAGGGCGCUGACAUUUAGGGUGUUGCUAGGCCCCCGUCUCACUGCCGGACUACUUUCACUGAAGACAUCACGCUGGAUUGAUACUGAUCACUGUAGAGCCGGGAAACAGCUAAGUUCUCGUUACUGGUGAUGUGAUGACAUAUGACAUAGGUGUGGUGAUGUCUUCAUAUUCAAAAACUCCACAACGUGGUAUAGUUAACCACGUUCAGAGCCGCCGGACUGCAGAACAUUUUGCUGGUAAUGUCGUCAACUGUCAACGACGAAUGUCUCGCCAGGAUACAAAGUUGUACCUAUGUUGAAACCAAGUUGUACCUUAGUUGUACCUUAGUUGUACCUCGCUGAGUUGUGGAAUAUUGAGCAAUCAUCUACUAAAGACCAAGAUGUUAAAUUCGCAUAUGCUUCCAUCAUGGCGAUGACCCAGUAUCGUCCGAGACUUACUGCCAGCUUUCGAACUCUCCUGAGUUGCCUAAGUAACGGCAUCCAUAUUGUUCGCCACCAUAAUGGCGGCCGGGUUGUUUCAUUAAGAGACAACCAUUAACUUUUCCUCUUCGGGCGCAUGAAGACGAAUUUCAACUAUGCAAGACUAAGUGAUACAUUUCCGAGGACUUUCAGGCACCAUAAGCAGUACGUGACACAGCCUGUGAGAGACGGACACGUCACACACGUGACAGCCUCGAUCCAACCUAGUCUGCGGGUGUAUUUGAUCUCAGUACUAAUAUACGGUAUUUAUCAGCUCUGGACCACACCAGCAGAUGCUGACCGCGACUGACCUUCACCUUGAUCUCCAAGCGGCAUAAGAUGCCAUUGUAUAUAAAGUGUACAUGUAGAGGAUUACAAAUUGUACAACUACUACGACACGUCUUGAUAAUGACGUGUGGAGAAUAAUCAGCUGUUGAUGACGUCCACUUCAGGGACAUGGUCUCGGAUUAUCCCUCCAAGCUUUAGGAAGCGGAUUUAGACGUUGCAUGAGUUUUACGCGAUAAUCCUUAUGGUAUUGGUGGAUAAUCAUUAUCAAAGGAUGAAUGGUAUAUCGGAGAACAAGAUCGUCAUUCACUGGUUUGUCCAUUGAUUGCUUUGUGUGUAUAUAUCACAUGCCAUUGGUUUUCAUGCUUAUGAAUAUGUGCUUGCUUCCCUUUUGUGACAUUGGUUGACAGUAGAACAAGGAACAAUCCCCAAAAUAUGCUUCAAAAACAACCAGGGUUGUUCCCAAAGACCGCAAUAAGUCACAGUUUAAGGUGAUUGUGCUUCAGUAAUCCAUACCGUGGUUCCUCCGAAUCUAUUAAGUCUGUCAUAAUCUAAGAUGCCUAACCUAAAGGGAAACGCUAUCUGAAUCUAUUUUGUCUAUGCUAAUCUGUGAUGCAAACCCCGAUUCCUGCAUUACAUCACACAUCGGUCCAUAUUAUCCUACAUUUCAGCUGGAUUCAAACCUAUAUGCCAAAAUGAUAUGACCUUGAUAUGACCUUCAUCCGUAACCGGAACCACGCAUCCCUUGUGUCCUCAUCCUUGGUCGCUGUAGACCGUCACUGUACUGUGUUAAGAGGGAGUGUUGCUAGACGUUUUAAAAGGGUAUUGCCAUUACUAUUGGGACGGCAGUUUGUGGUUAAUCAUGUUGUACAUUGUCCCUUGGCCUUGUAGUGUAUGAAGCAGUUGAUCCUUGGACGGCGUUUGUCCUGCAUGAGCUGCUUGUGCUUCAGAAUGACCCGCUGUGUCUGAAGCUCAUUGAAAACAUUGGAACCAUAGGCUGACAUCACUAGUCACGUGAAGAAGUAUCCACAAAUUGAGACAAUUUGACAUGAUAUAUUUUUCAAUAUAAGGGACCACAAUUGCAUACAAUUCCAGUAUAUAUGUUAAAUCCUGAUUCAUUUCUUUGAUCAUUUAUUGACCCAAGGCUUUGUGUCGCUCAGUUUUUUGUUUUAUUCACAGACUAAACAUUCCGUCGAAAAUAUAUUUUCAUAAAGAUGUUUAAUGACUUGUUACGUCCAUAUUGUAAGUUGUCAGGGAAGUAUUACAUACGUCCAUUGAUUUACCUUACAAGCAUUGUGUCCAACUGACCAUUGGGGUCAUCAGUCAACCCGACGUUGUGUGUUAAAUCAGUAGUUUGCCUUCACACCGAAGUGCCUCAUUCCUUUCGUGGUCAAGUUGUUCUGAGAUGAGCGUCUUGUUAGCGACCCAGCCAAUGGAGCUGUAGACCCAAAAACUGUGAUAACAUCGAGGUGCCCUAACGUAUACCACUCAACAUUUUCUAAGGACUAAAAGACGAUUUUCUUUGACUAAAAGAUGACUAUUUUGAUCCUUAGCAAAUGUUGAGUAGUAUGUACCUUUAAGUUACUUACGUAAGGAAGUAAUUUUCCCAUAACGAUGAAGGAUAUCCUUCAAUCGGGUAUUGUUAACCUUCACGGUAUGUUGACCUCUCAGUCAGGUCGUUAACUUCAAUGGGGCAUGCGCAGUACAGUAUGUUAACUCUAAGAUUCCAUUUUCAUUCUGCGAAUUUAUAAUCGAGAAGAAUAGAUGUUAACCCUUGUUCAACAAGUCGAUGUAUUAUUACUAAGUAUUACACAGGUGACGUCCGACUACUUAUAAUCCUUGUAACAUGUAAGGUCGUCAUGGUGCGGAUGUGCUGUGUAUUUAAUGGCGUUUCGUGGAUAAAAGUUGUUGGGACCGUCUAUUAUUGUGAAAGCAUUAUACACAAGAUGCGAACAGACCUAUAUAUUAGAAAUCAAAAGCAAAUCAGUUUCUUUUGUAAUUUGCCUUUUUGUUAACUAUUUGUUGGAAACCAUGCACCGUGUAUUUUCAGUUCUUAUCUAGACUGUCCAACUUAUCUUCACCGCCUGUGCCUUGUUCCCAUGGAAACAGUCACAGCUGUAUACGACAUCUAUAUCUUUAUACAAUAUUUGUAAAUACCACUGAAUCAUGCGAGCUUUCUCAAUAAAACUUAAACCGUAA